AUUUGAGGAAAAUUAGUGAUUUUAUUUAAUUCUUGAAAAAAAAAAUGGAUGCUCUGGAGAAAAAGAUUCUGGGAGAAAAGUCAGAAAACUACUGCAGCAGUGACGAGGAGGAUGCGGGAAAUGCUAUUCGUGCUGUGCCAGAUGGAGAAAUUCCUCAACAGCAGCCCCCAUCCUGUCCAACAGGAACAUCCAACACGGGCCCCAAAGGUGUAAUCACGGAUUGGCGUGAGUACAAGAAGCUCAUGGCUGAGGCACGUACAGCUGAUGAGCAUGAGCGAAUGCAGCAAAUACAUAAAAUGUCUCAGAUGGGGAAAACAAAGGCGGAAGCUGAGAAGGCGGCGGAAGAUGCUGAAUUGGAAGCAGAAUUGGCGGAAUUGAUGAAUGAUGAGAGUAUUCUGGCCUUCCAGAGACAGAGAAUUCUCGAAAUAACCGCCAAAGUGGGCACACGAAACACCUUUGGGCACGUCAUACAGCUAAAGAGUGCCGAUGACUUCCUGGAUGCCGUGGAGAAGGAAGAAUACUCAACUGUGGUCGUUCACAUCUAUGAGAAUACCAUCCCUGCCUGCCGGAGGCUCAAUGCGUGCCUCGAGGAGCUGGCACGGGAAAUGCCCACCGUUAAAUUUUGCACCAUUCUCAGUUCAAACGUUAAAGUGAGUCUCAAAUUUCGCACCACUGCCCUGCCCACAUUGCUGGCGUACAAGAAAAAUCAAAUAAUCGGGAACUUUGUGCAGCUCGUGAAUGAGCUUGGUGAUGAAUUCUGUUCAUCGGACAUUGAGAACUUCCUCAUUGAGCAGGGAGUUAUUGUGGAAAAGGAGAUUCAGUAUAAUUCAUACCAAAAUUAGAAAAAUAAAAAAGUAUUUAAAAAUUCCGGAGAAA